UGAGAGGCGGAGUCGAGAUGCUGCUGUUGUCGUCCACUUCUUCAAGAUGGCGGGACUACAAGUGAGGCAGGCACACGAAGUCAGUUUCAAAUAAAGCAAGUUAAAUAGGUAGUGGACGAGACAACUGUUGUUUUAUAUGUAUUGCUGCCGGAGGAAUCCACAGGAGGAUGGUGAUCAUUGCCUAGAUCCCACAUUAGGCUGAAUGCAUUGUGAUUUCCAAUAAUUGAGACAGUGAUUCUGAAAGCUGUCUACAUUAAUGAAAAGAACAAUGUAGUCAGCUUAGCCUGUCCAUCUCUGAUACGAGGUCUAUUCUGGAAUGUGCUUCUGCAUGCAUUCUAGUUUUUUCAUUAGGAUAUAGUGUAAGCUAAUUUAUCCGUUUGACAAAAGAAAAACAAAAACAAAAUGGAGAUAGAUGACGUUCUACCCCCUCUCCCUUUGGAGCCACCUAAUGAUUUUGGCCUAGCUGAGGGCAGAGCACCUCCACCACCUCCCCUGCAAACGUCCAGUGACGCAGAGGUAAUGGACGUUAGCUCUGGUGGUGAUGGAUACAUAUGCACCCCAGGGGAUGGGGAACUCAAACCACAGCAGCCCCUCGACAUUGGCACACUUGCUGUCUGUAGCCAGCCCUCAAACGAGGUCAGCUACAACCCACCAUGCCCCAGGACAGCCCGUCAUGCUCCCCCUGUCACUAAGUUUCUACCAGACCUCAAGCUGCUUAGAGAUGUUAAGAUUCGUGUCAGCUUCACUGAAAGCAGCAAUAGCAAAGACAGGAAGGUUUUAUACACUGGUGAAGGGCAAGAGAGAGGCAGGGAUGAUGCUAUAGAAAACCUGAAUGGUGAGUUGGAUUUCUCCUCAAGCAAUCAGGAGGUUGCUCAAGGUAGCUUAGGAACAGCGUACAGAACAAGCAGGGUUGAGGAAGCUGAGGUAGACCUUGAGAACAAAGUAGAGUAUGCCGUCCUGGAUGAGUUGGAUGACAUCUAUGAGAAUUUUGUGGAUAAUGAAGAUGGAGAAAAUGGUGGUUUUAAAUCUGAGGUCAUAAUUCAGCAAGAGCAAGCAGACGAUGAGGCCAUGGCUUACUCGUAUGAGGAGGAGUUUGACAAUGAUGUUGAUGCCCUGUUGGAGGAGGGAAUGCCAGUCCCAAAAAAGCUGCGUCUGACAGAGGACAAAGAUACUGGUGACAGUGAUCACCAGUCGGAUGGAGAAGGUGGUGUUCAGCCCAUGAUGACCAAAAUUAAAACUGUUCUGAAAAGUAGGGGACGUCCACCCACUGAACCUCUUCCUGAUGGAUGGAUCAUGACAUUCCACAACUCAGGCAUUCCAGUGUACCUGCACAGAGAGACCAGAGUAGUAACUUGGUCAAGGCCCUACUUCCUUGGGACUGGCAGCAUAAGGAAACAUGACCCUCCAACCAGCAGCAUCCCCUGCUUACACUAUAAGAAGAUGAAGGAACAAGAGGAGAAGGAACUAAAUGGUGAGGUGGCUCUUCAAGCAGAAGAGUCCCCCGUUAAGCCAAGUGAAGAGUCGAAUGGUGGAGAACUCGCAGAGAGGUCAGACGACAUCACGGGGGUGCAGGAUGCCAUACCGGCAUCCUGUCCUGCUGAUGGCGGUUCGGGUGGUGACGUGACCACCAACCACACCCAGUCUGGUAAAGAAGCCCAACCAUGUGACACUGCCAAAGGAGCCUUAGGACAAGUCAGGGCAAAAGUGGAGGUGUGCAAAGACGAGUCCGUAGAACUUGAAGACUUUCGCCUGUACCUGGAAAAGUGCUUUGACUUUGAGCAAGUGACAGUGAAGAAGUUUCGCACAUGGGCCGAGCGAAGGCAGUUUAACCGAGACAUGAAGAGGAAACAGGCAGAGUCAGAGAGGCCUAUCCUGCCUGCGAAUCAGAAACUCAUCACACUGUCAGUCCAAGAUGCCCCCACAAAGAAAGAAUUUGUCAUCAAUCCCAAUGGGAAGUCUGAAGUUUGCAUCCUGCAUGAAUAUAUGCAGCGUGUCCUAAAGGUUCGACCUGUUUACAACUUCUUUGAAUGUGAGAACCCAAGUGAACCCUUUGGUGCGUCAGUCAUUAUAGACGGAGUCACCUACGGAACAGGGACUGCAAGUAGUAAAAAACUUGCCAAGAAUAAAGCUGCAAGAGCCACACUGGAAAUUCUUAUCCCUGAUUUUGUGAAGCAGACCUCUGAGGAAAAGCCUGUUGAGACCGAUGAACUAGAGUAUUUUAACCAUAUCAGUAUAGAAGACUCCAGAGUGUAUGAGCUGACCAACAAAGCGGGGCUUCUUUCGCCAUAUCAGAUUCUUCAUGAGUGCCUUAAAAGAAAUCAUGGAAUGGGUGAUACCAGCAUUAAAUUUGAGGUGAUUCCGGGGAAAAAUCAGAAGAGUGAAUAUGUGAUGACUUGUGGGAAGCAUACUGUGCGUGGUUGGUGCAAGAACAAGAGGGUUGGCAAACAGUUGGCAUCUCAGAAGAUCUUGCAGAUGCUCCACCCUCAUGUGAAGAACUGGGGAUCACUGCUGCGAAUGUACGGUCGAGAGAGCAAUAAGAUGGUCAAGAAGGAGAGCUCUGACAAGAGUGUGAUCGAGCUGCAGCAGUUUGCCAAAAAGAACAAGCCAAACCUUCAUAUUUUGAACAAACUGCAGGAAGAGAUGAGGAAACUGGCUGCACAGAGGGAGGAAACCAGGAAGAAACCCAAGAUGACCAUCAUGGAGUCUGCCCAGCCAGGGAGUGAACCUCUCUGCACUGUUGAUGUUUAGGUCCACCAGAAUAAUUGGAAGACACACACACACACACACACACACUCAUUCAGCACCGCAACAUAAUCGCUAUGUAGGAACAUAUCGUAAUAGCCGUUAGAACUGCUUACUUUCAUUUGCCCAUGUGUUGUUUGGAUUGACUGGUAGACAUCUUGAUAGGACGACAUGCACUAACAGACCAUAGAGCAAAUACCAUCUACCUCUCUUAAUGCAUCCCCGCUACGGUACAGGAAAAAGUCCCUUAAAGUGCAGAGAAGAUAGCAUGACUUACAAACUCAAGUACAAUGCAUGCACAUCUGACUGCAAGAACCACUACCUACCAUGGUUUAAGUGUUUUAACAGUACCAGCACCUGUGUGUUUUUGUUGUGUGCAGAAAAGGGACUACUUGUAUUUGUACCAUUUUGAUUUGGGAAGCAAAACGACGUGUUUUAUUAGUCGGUGUUAUCGGCUAAUAUCGGAGAGUACAAAUAUGCCAUUGUGUCUUCAGAACGGACAGGUUGUCGUCUUGAUUUGCAUGCUUUGCAUCAUGCUGUGUGAAGUGAUGACUAUUCCUAAUUUUGUUAUGCACUUGUGUCCUGUUGUUUAAACCACUGCUUUAGGGUGAUUGGCUACUUUUAAUUUAGCAUACUAAUACCACCCACAUUACCAUUUUGUGAGCAUUUUUUUUGGUACACAAACUAAACUAUAUUAAAAUUGUCUACAUGUUGCCUUAGUUAAUCCAUCUCAUGAAGGGCUUGGCCUGUCUUUGGUUUGGACCUAAAACUUGAGCAGAAAGUGAAAAGACCAAGUCCCCUCUCUACAAAAUAAAGCAUUUAUUGUCUAGCAAAUGUAGUUUUGUAUGUCCACAGCAUGUGCAAAGACGUGUCUUAAUGUUGAGUUGUGUAUCGAUUUUGUAAUCUUUACCUUUCUUGUGAGAGCUUAUCCAUGCGUCUGACCAUAAGUACAAUAUUUUUUUGCGCUUGAAUGCAUCUUUUGCAAAAAUUAAGUUGGCUGACUGACAUCAAGUCAUUAAGUCCAACACAAGCUUAUGAAACUGUAUACCAAAGCCUAAAAAAUCCAGUCAUAUGCAUUUUAUAGACUACCUAAUGUUGCUGCAAACUCCAAACAAAACCGUAACAGAAAAACACUUAAAAUAUAAAAAUUGCUGUGUAUCAAGUAUUUGGCUUGUGACAUCGUUCAGACACAAGGCUGAUAUGAUUUGAUUUGUCAUCGUGUGUAUGCGUUUUGUGUCGCCGUGUGAGAAAACUGCUUCGCCAUGUCAUGCUUUUGAAUUGUACCAGUGAUUCGCUUGGGAGAUUGUGGCCUAGAAUAUGAAGUAUGUAUUGCAACAUGAGCUCAAUGACUGGUGAUAUUUAUGCAAAAUAAAAGUGUCUUGACUAGAA